AUGACUUGCUCUGAAUGUUACCAAGUUGAUCAAGUGCCUGAAGAAAUUGAUGUGCAACCUGCUGCUCCAAAUGAAAGCUCUCAGAGGCUGUUGAAAAUGAAUGGAGCUGAAGGAGUUGCUACUGAAGUUGUUUGUUUGGUGGUUGGAAUUUAUCUUUUGUCCUUAUUGGUAGUUGUUGAAGUUGCUGCUGAAGCAAAGGCAAAUUUUAAGCAUGCAACAAAUUUUGCCAUAGCCGGCGCUAUGACACUAUCAUCAGCUAUUCUAGCUCGUCAUCAUGUUAGAAAUCCAGUGACCAACAGUUCCCUUGAUGUACAGCUUCAAUGGAUGAAAGAUCACUUUCACAAAUUUUGCCACAAUAAUUGUGAAAGGAAGCUUCAAAACGCUCUAUUUAUGGUCGGAGAAAAUGGAGGCAACGAUUAUAAUUAUGCAUUCCUUCAGUACUUUGAUGAGGCUAGAGAUACACUUAGAAUUCAAGAGUUAGUACCUCUAGUUGUUGCCAAAAUUAAGCAUGCUGUUGAGAAAGUUAUUAGUUUUGGAGCAAGGACAAUAGUGGUUCCUGGGAACUUUCCAAUGGGAUGUCUGCCAAUUUAUCUUACAAAGUUUGGGCUAGAAAGCGAAGUAGACGAGUUCGACGAGAAUCAUUGCAUAUGGCUAUUGAACAGCUUUGCAACUUUUCACAAUGAUCACCUGAAGAAGGCGAUUCCGGAGUAA